AUGUGGAGGCAGCAACAGAUGUUACUAGCGCUACUGUCCGUGGCCUGCGUCGGCGUGCACGUCGGCUGUGCGGACCCGGAUGUCCGCCCGCUACACACUGACCAGCUGGGCAUUACGUGGUCAGCAGACGCUCCGCUUCCGAGAAAACUACGUGACGUCACGUCGGCGAGCGCCGCCGACGCGCACCGCAUACUCAAGCGCUCUCUAGCGGCCGACGCCGUCGGCGACGACGACGACGCGGCAGGGUCACGUGACAGCGGGGUAAACGCCACCGGCAUGACAGCAGCCGACGAGGAGACGCUCUCGCGACUUCCGCUGCUCGCGCGUCACAUCCGGCCCGUGCACUACGCCCUCUACAUCCUGCCGGACAUGGACGCCGGCGUCGCGUAUGGCGCCGCUGACGUCAUCGUCGACGUCACGCGCGAGUGUCGUUUCAUCUUCGGCAACCAGCUAUACCUGAACUUCACGGAGACGUACGUGACGCAACAUACAGAGGCAGAGGAUAAGGAUGAGGAUGAGGAGGAGGGCGAGCGUGGAGGGAGGAGGCUGCAGACGAGAGUGGAGUAUGGAGAGAGUUUCUGGGUCUUGGUAACGACGCCAGCGAUGCAGCCCGGCCGCUACCGCAUUCACAUCGAGUACGAAGCGACGAUGGCCGUCAACAGCGACGUCGGCUUCUUCACGGCAACGUACACGAGCAGCGGAGCCGACACGAGUUACUCGUACACGGGCACGGCAUUUGAGCCGACGCUAGCUCGGACUGCGUUCCCAUGCUUCGACGAACCGCAUCUGAAAGCGACGUUUGCUGUCACGCUGGUUCACCCCGGACGACCCUACUACGCUCUAUCUAACAUGCCCGCCAAG